GCCUUAGGUUGGGAAAAUCAUUUCUAUCUAAUGUUAAGUGCUAUGAAAAGAGCAAAGUUUGUUUUGGAGUCAUCAAGUCAAAAGGAGCCUCCUUUACCGAUGAAGAGCACAAAAAGAUCAGACCUUUGGUCAAGAUGUGUGGUAUAACAUCAGCUAAAGAUGCUGCUAUGGCAUUAGAAGCAGGGGCUGAUUUCAUUGGAAUGAUUGUUUGGCCCAACUCAAAGCGUUCUGUUUCUGUUUCGGUAGCAAAGGAGAUUUCAAAAGUUGCAAGGGAAUAUGGGGCAAUGCCUGUUGGCGUAUUUGUGGAUGAUGAUUUAGAUACAAUACUGAGAGUUUCUGAUGCAGCCGAUCUUGAACUUGUUCAGCUCCAUGGAGACAACUCUAGAGCAGCCUUUCCGGCUUUAGUCCAAGAUCACCGAAUUAUAUAUGUUCUUCACGCAAACGAAGAAGGAGAGCUCCUAAAUCAAAUU